AUGGGAUGCGACUUGUUUUCAAUCGAUUUCAAACACAUUAGUCAUGCUCGGUCCACAAUAGUGUCAGGGCACAAUUCUCGGAGGUUCAUGUCCGUUGUGGAGUGGCGUCGGAACUCUAGCCCUCAUCUAGGAACGCUGCCGAUGCCGUCGUCGCCAGUGUGGCGUAAAUCGUCGCAUCCACCGCUCAGCGUCAGCAACUCGUCAACGACUGCAACCAUCUCAUCCGUCGAAGCACCACCAUUAAUGAUGUCCAAUUCGUCUUGUGAAGCCGAUGAGGCGGACUCCCAUUCGUUACCGACAUCAUCUGGUCGAAACGGGGAGAGGCCAGUUUCACCAGGCGUGUAUCAAAGAUUAAUUCUGCACUCCGAAGAUAUGCAAAGUCUUGUUCGAACUAUCAUGAACGAAGCGAGGAAUCUAAUACAUGCGGAAACAUGUUCUUUGUUCUUGCUUGACAACGAAAAUAAGGAGCUGGUUGCUAAUGUAUUUGACAAAGCCGGUGACUUAUCAGAAAUCAGACUUCCAAUGACGAUGGGGGUCGUAGGUCGAGUGGCUACGACAAGAACAAUGAUGAAUGUACGCGAUGUGCAAAGGUGUCCGUUUUUCUAUGCUGGCGUCGAUCAGCUGACAGGGUUCCAGACGCGAAACAUCUUGUGCUUCCCAAUCAUUGAUAAUUCUGGAACAUUUGUUGGUGUUGCGGAAUUGUGCAACAAAACAGGAAGGACGGGUUUCACUCGACACGACGAACAAAAAGCUCGCACAUUCGCGGUGUACUGCGCAACUAGCAUAUCACACUGUCUUCUCUAUCGCAAAGUGCAAGAGGCUCAACGCCGCUCGCAUAUGGCCGCUGAGCUGCUGGUGCAAGGAUCACAGUUGCUUAUAUCCGAAGAAGAUGUUUGCAAACUCACAAAUGAAGCAAUUAAGGACUGGAGGUAUUGGAGUCCAGAAUUUAACCGUUUCUCCUUCUCGCCACGAUCUAUUGGAGAUGGAGAUGCAUAUAUGUCUGCUUCGAUGACUAUGUUCAAUGAUCUUGGUUUCACUGCACGGUAUAGUAUGAAUAAAAGGAAAUUGGCGUCGUUUGUGCUACGAGUUGCUCGAGGAUAUCGGGAGGUGCCAUAUCAUAACUGGUCGCACGCGUUCUCAGUGGCUCACUUCUGCUGGAUCAGUUUGCGGACCCCAGCAGUACUCCAUGGCCUUGACGAACUAGAGCGGUUGGCACUACUAAUAGCAUGUCUUUGUCAUGACAUCGAUCAUCGUGGCACGACAAAUGCCUUUCAGUUACAGUCGAAAACACCUCUGGCACAGUUGUACAGCAGUGAAGGGAGUGUGCUAGAAAGGCAUCACUACGCUCAAACGGUGCAGAUUCUGCAGAUGAAGGAGUGCAACAUUCUGGAUCAGCUCACUCGUAUUCAGUAUCAGACGGUGUUAAGCCAUAUUCGUGACGUGAUCCUUGCCACUGAUAUCGCUGUUCAUCUAGGAAAAGUUGGGAGGAUAAAGGCGAUGGUUGAUCAAGGCUACGAUCCAUUGUCUCGUGAUCAUCAUUACUUGUUCAUGUGUUUACUAAUGACGUCAAGUGAUCUCUCGGAUCAGUCAAAGGACUUCCGGAACUCUAAAGCUAUAGCUGAAAACAUAUACCGCGAGUUUUUCUCACAAGGUGAUCUUGAAAAGCAGAUGGGUGCUAGUCCAAUAGAAAUGAUGGAUCGUGACCGCGCAGCUGUGCCUAAAAUUCAACUCGACUUCAUGGACACCGUUGCUCUCCCUGUUUUCGAAAUGGUUGCAAAAUUGGUGCCAGAAGGCAGGUCUACAUUCGAAGCAAUUACACUAAAUCGACAGUGUUGGGCUGCUCUAGAUGAGAUUUUGGUCGAGCGUGGAAAUCGUCCUGUUCUUGGACUUGAUUAUCUCAGAGAUGACGAACUCGAGGAGCAGGUGCUCGAAAGAGUUCGUGAAGGAAAGAAACAACAACACAAGGUGAACUGCCUUCGGUGA